GACUGUACGCUACAGCUGACGACGCAGCGAACGUUUUGUGCCGAAAUGUUGCCUUCCAAACAGAGCAAUACAUAUAUGAGUAAAAUUUACACACUUGAUCCCCUGCGAGAGAUCCAGAUGGACCAUGAACCGCAGACCUCGAAACAGCAACCCACAGCGAUUAAAAUUGAAUGUGAUUCGGAUGAUGAGAAAGAAUACGACAUCUUCGCAACAACCGACGAAUCAUUCCGUGCCAGUCUAAACAUGACCUGCUCAGACAGCGAAGAACCAACCGAAGGUUCUGCAGAAGGUGGUUCCGUAUUCCAAACAAGACGUGCUAAUGAUCGUCCGGCAACAACGGAAAUGCGAAGUGGGGUUGGCAUACAAAACGGAAGCUCUAUGAAGGAAUUCAUAGGUAUCGAAUUUAUGAACAUGUUUAGAUCGUUAUCGAAACAAAUCGCAUCAAUGCACAACAAAAUCGAUCGCGUCCAUAAGGAAGUUAGCAGCAAUUCGGAACGCUUGGAACGAGUCGAGAGAAAAUUGGGGAUUUCAUUACAAACGAUGGAACAAGUGAAGAAAGUGAUAGUAUUACUUGAUGCAACUUCGGAAAACCAGCAAAGUCAGGAAAACCCGCGCAUCACUCCUGAGCCCCUUUUCAAUUUCGAAAAAAUAACCAACGAAGACGAGUUCACGAAGUUCGAUACAAAGCUCGGGAUGGAUGAAGAAUACUAUUCAGAUAUUAAAAAGGGGUUCCGAAUGCAAAUCCAUACGAACGAUCCGGGGAAUCGGAUGCAUGAGGUGAUUGAUAUGAUUUUCGAUCGAUCAUUUAUGCCACUAUGCAGUUGGACUGGCAAUGGAAAACUGGGCAAAAAAAUAGCUUUUGGUGCGCGAAAGAACAUUUUGAAACUGUUUGCUGAUAUCGGUAGUAAUCCUUUUAUGGCCGUCAAUGAGUUGUACAUUGAAACUUUUUUUAAGAAUAAGCUACGCCAUGCGAAACAAAGAGUAAACUUGAAAGGUAUUGUGAAGACGGGUUGUCAUAAGCGAAAAAGCAAUCACGAUAUCGCACUUGCCAACGAAACAUCAAAAUAAAGCAAGCUACCAUUCUUAUUCCUGCCGACGUGACGCAUAAUGCUCAAAACAAUGUUUUAAAUAAUGAAUGAAAUGUAUAUUUAUUCAGCUCCAGCUCAAUCUACAAUGCGUCCGGAGUUCGAAAAGGUUUCGGUACACAGCAUGUAAACAAUAUGGUACUGAGCAACAUUAUGCCUGAAUAUAAAAGUUAUUUUUCCAUCAUGCUUAUCCACCAUUUGCCAAUUGGGGCUACCUUUUACGCCUUGAUCCCGUCCUCCGAACGUCUUUCAUCACGAGCUUUACUUCCUCCGUCAAUCUGUAACCGAUAAUAUUGGCAAAGUUAGAGCCAGUGAAACGUGAG